GGGGCCGUCGCCAUGGGAACCAAUCCCGGCUCCGCGUUGCUAUGGAGACGCCGGGAGCUCCGCCCCCCCCCCCGGGCGCUGUGAUGAGCGGCGGCGGCCUCAGCGCGGAGCGACAGCGGAGCUCAGCCCCCGCCAUGCUGUCCCCCACCGACUACGACCACGAGGAGAUCCAGGAGCGCUACAGCGACAUCAACAACCGCUGGGAGGACAACGGGGGGGGCGACGAGUGGGACCAUGAGGGCAGCUCAGCGCGGCGCUUCGAGAGAUCCCGCAUCAAAGCGCUGGCGGACGAGAGGGAGGCGGUGCAGAAGAAGACCUUCACCAAAUGGGUGAACUCCCACCUGGCGCGCAGCACCGCCCGCAUGGCCGACCUCUACUGCGACCUCCGCGACGGCCGAAUGCUGCUGCGGCUGCUCGAGGUGCUGUCGGGGGAGGCGCUGCCGAAGCCCACCAAGGGCCGGAUGCGGAUCCACUGCCUGGAGAACGUGGACAAAGCGCUGCAGUUCUUAAAGGAGCAGCGCGUCCAUUUGGAGAACGUCGGCUCCCACGACAUCGUGGAUGGAAACCACCGCCUUACGCUGGGCCUCGUCUGGACCAUCAUCCUCCGCUUCCAGAUUCAGGACAUCAGCGUGGAGACGGAGGACAACAAGGAGAAGAAGUCAGCCAAGGAUGCGCUGCUGCUGUGGUGUCAGAUGAAGACAGCGGGGUACCCCAACGUCAACGUGCACAACUUCACCACGAGCUGGAGGGACGGGAUGGCCUUCAACGCCAUCAUCCACAAACACCGGCCGGACCUGGUGGACAUGGAGGCGCUGCGGCGCUGCAACGCGCACUACAACCUGCAGAGCGCCUUCAAUGUGGCUGAGAGAGAACUGGGGCUGACCAAACUGCUGGACCCUGAGGAUGUGAACGUGGAGCAGCCCGACGAGCGCUCGGUGAUGACAUACGUGGCCACACUGUACCACUACUUCUCCAAAAUGAAAGCGUUGGCCGUGGAGGGGAAACGCAUCGGGAAGGUGCUGGAGGCGGCGCUGGCGGCGGAGCGUUUGGUGCAGCGCUAUGAGGCGAUGGCGGCGGAGCUGCUGGGGUGGAUCGACCGCACCGUGAUGGCACUCAAUGAGCGCCAGUGGGGAUCUAUGGGGCUGAGCGGGGUGCAGAGCCAACUGCAGGCCUUCAACACCUACCGCACUGUGGAGAAACCCCCCAAGUUCACCGAGAAGGGUCACCUGGAGGUGCUGCUGUUCACCAUUCAGAGCCGAAUGCGCUCCAACAACCAGAAGGUGUUCGUGCCGCGCGACGGAGCGCUGCUGGCCGACAUCAACCGGGCCUGGGAGCGCCUGGAGAAAGCCGAGCACGGCCGCGAGGUGGCGCUGCGGGCGGAGCUGAUCCGGCAGGAGAGGUUGGAGCGGCUGGCAGCGCGAUUCGAAAGGAAGGCGGCCAUGAGGGAGAGCUGGCUGAGCGACAACCAGCGCCUCGUGGCACAGGACAACUUUGGCUCUGACGUGGCGGCGGUGGAGGCAGCGGUGCGGAAGCACGAGGCCAUGGAGACCGACAUGGCGGCCUACAGAGGGCGUGUGGAGGCGGUGAGCGCCGCGGCCGAGGAGCUGGAAGCCGAGCGGUACCACGACGUGAGGAGGGUGAUGGAGAGGAGGAAGAACGUGGGGAGGCUGUGGGACAUCCUGAGGAGGUCGGUGGAGGAGAGGAGAGAGAGGCUGCUGCUGCAUGUGGAGCUGCAGGGAGUGCUGAGGGAUCUGCAGCACCUGGCAGGGUGGAUGGAGGAGAUGGAGGCCCGGCUGCAGUCGCAGGAGCUGGGGAAGCACCUGCAGGCCGUGGAUGAGCUGCUGCAGCUGCACGCGUUGGUGGAGGCCGACAUUGCGGCGCAGGCGGAGCGCGUGCGGGCGGUGAGCAGUGCGGCGCAGCGCUUCGCCCGACCCACAGAGGGCUACAAACCCUGCGAUCCAGAGUUGGUUCGUGAGCGCGUGGCGAGGCUGGAGCAGCGCUACCGGCAGCUGACGGAGCUGGCGGCCCAACGCCGCGCCAGGCUGGAGGAAUCGCGGCGCUUCUGGAAGUUCUUCUGGGACGUGGGAGAGGAGGAGGCCUGGAUGCGGGAGCAGGAGAGGCUCCUCUCCUCCGAGGACGUCGGCCGAGACCUGACCAGCUCGCUGCGCCUCCUGAGCCAACACGCCGCCUUCCGGCACGAGCUGAGCGGCCGAGCCGGGCCAUUGCAACAGGCGUUGGCCGAAGGCCGGGCUUUGGUGGGCCAGGGGCACGCAGGAGCCCAGCGGGUGGGCGACCGCCUGCGGGAGCUGGAGGAGCGCUGGAGGGCGCUGGGGGAGCUGGCGGAGGAACGCGAGCGGCGCCUGCGGGACGCGGCCGCGCUCUUCCAGUUCCAAGCCGAGGCUGCCGACGUGGAGGGCUGGCUGGAGGACGCGCUGCGCCUGGCCGGCAGCCCCGAGUUGGGCCACGACGAGUUUUCCACUCGCAGCCUGGCUCGGCAGCACCGCGAGGUGCAGGAGGAGGUGAAGGGGCACCAACCGGCCAUCGCGGCGCUGCGGGAGCAGCUCGGGGCUCUGCCGGAGGGCUUUGCCGACGUGGCCGGCGUGGCCGGGCGGCUGCCGGCGUUGGAGCGGCGCUACCGGGAGCUGUGGGAGCAGACGGAGAGGAGGCGGACGGAGCUGCAGGACGCGCUCACCCUCUACACCAUGCGCAGCGAGGCCGACGCCUGCGGGCUGUGGGUGGGGGAGAAGGAGCAGUGGCUGCAGGCGCUGCUGGUGCCCGAGAAGCUGGAGGACCUGGAGGUGGUGCAGCAGCGCUUCGAGACGCUGGAGCCGGAGAUGAACAACAUGGCGUCCCGUGUGGCUGCCGUCAACCGCGUCGCCGACCAACUGCUGGCAUCCGAUCAGCGCAACCAGGAGAGCAUCCGCGCCACACGAGAGCAGCUCAACGCCAGCUGGGAGCGGUUCCGCUCUUUGGCCGACCGGAAGAAGGACGAGUUGAGCUCCGCUCUCAACAUCCAGAACUUCUACCUGGAAUGCAACGAAACCACGGCGUGGAUGAAAGAGAAAACCAAAAUCAUCGAGUCCACCCAAGGCCUCGCCAACGACCUGGCCGGCGUGAUGGCCUUGCAGUGCAAACUAUCCGGCGUGGAACGCGACCUGGACGCCAUCCAGGGCAAACUGUGCGACUUACGGCAGGAAAAGGAGAAGCUCUCAUCCGAGCACCCGGAGCAGGAGGCCGCCAUCUCCCAAAGGCUGACGGCCAUCGAGGCGCUGUGGGACGAGCUGUGCCUCUGCCUGCGGCGCCGCGAGGAGUCCCUGGGGGAGGCCAGCAAACUGCAGGGCUUCCUGAGGGAUCUGUCCUCCUUGCAAGGCUGGCUGAGCCGCACGCAGACGGCCGUGGCUUCCGAGGACGUGCCGGCAACGUUGGGUGAAGCCGAAGCGCUGCUGAGGCAGCAUGAGAGCAUCGGGAAGGAGAUCGAGCACUACGGGGACGAUUACCGCAGCGCCAGGGCGGUGGGGCGGGAGGUGACGCGGGGACAGACGGACGCGCAGCAUCUGUUCCUGCUGAGGAGACUGGAGGCCUUGGAUACGGGCUGGGAGGAGCUGGGGAGGAUGUGGGAGAACAGACAGCAGGUGCUGUCCCACGCCUUGGGAUUCCAGGUGUUCCUGAGGGACUCCAAGCAGGUGGAGGGCGUGCUGAGCACACAGGAGUUCGUGCUGUCGCACACGGAGCUGCCCAGCAGCCUGCAGGGCGCCCAGGCGGCCAUCAAAAAGCACGAGGACUUCAUGGCCACCAUGGAGGCCGGCAGCGACCGCCUGCAGGCUUUGGUGGCCGCCGGGCACAAAUUGGUGGCCGAGGGCGGCCCCCAUGCUGCUAAAAUCAGGGAGACCGUGGAGGAGGUGGAGAGGAGGUACCGCAGGAACCGCGAGGCAGCCCAGGAGCUGCUGGGGAAGCUGAGGAACAACGGGGAGCUGCAGCAGUUCCUGCAGGACGGGCAGGAGCUGAAGCAGUGGCUGAGCGAGAAGCUGCUGGCGGUGCAGGACGUCUCCUACGAGGAGGCCCACGACCUGCACAGCACCUGGCAGAAGCACGAGGCCUUCAGCGCAGAGCUGGCCUGCAGCAGGGGGUGGCUGGACAAGAUGGACCAGGAGGGACAGCGGCUGUCGGAGUCGCAGCCGGAGCUGUCCGCGGUGCUGACGGAGCAGCUGGGCGCGCUGAGGCGGCUUUGGGCCGAGUUGGAGGGCGCGGCGAGGAGCAAAGCGGGGCGGCUGCUGGACGCCAGCAGGGCGGAGCUGUGCGGGAGGAGCUGCGCCGAGCUGCGGGGGUGGCUCGGAGCCGUGGGGGAGCAGCUGAGAUCCGAGGAGUACGGCAAGGAUCUGAGCGGGGUGAAUCGGCUGCUGCAGAAACAGCAGCUGCUGGAGACGCAGACGGCGCUGCGGGAGAAGGAGGUGGAGGCGCUGCGGGCGCAGGGAGAGGCGCUGAGCGGGGCGGGGGGCGGCGCGGCGGCGCUGCGGGCGGAGGUGCGGGCGGUGCAGGAGCAGUUCGAGGCGCUGCGGGAGCCCCUGCGGGAGCGGCGGCGCCGCCUGAUGGCCUCCAAGGAGGAGCAGCAAUUCCAGCGCCACCUGCAGGACGAGAUCCUAUGGGUGAAGGAGCGCCGCCCCAUGGCCGUCUCCACCGACCACGGCAAGGACCUUCCCUCAGUGCAGCUCCUCAUUAAGAAGAACCAGACGCUGCAGAAGGAGCUGCAGGGCCACGAGCCGCGGGUGGAGGAGCUGCUGGGGCGGCGCGGGGAGGCGGGCGGGCGGCUGCAGGAGCUGCGGGAUGCCUGGAAGGAGCUGCGGCUGCAGGCCGAGCUGCGGCGACAGCGCUUGGAGAGCGCCCACGCAGCACAGCUCUUCUACUGCGACGCCGCCGAGGCCGAAGCGUGGAUGGGGGAGCAGGAGCUGCACAUGAUGGCACACGAGAAGGCCAAGGACGAGCUGAGCGCGCAGGCGCAGCUCAAGAAGCACCUGAGCUUGGAGGCGUCGCUGCGGGACUUCGGGCGCUGCGUGCAGCUGCUGGCGGAGCAGAGCAGGGAGCUGGCAGCUGGGGGGCACCCCGAGAGGGAGCGUCUGAGGCAGCGCCAGGCGCGGCUGUCGCGGCUGUACGCGGCGCUGCGGGAGCUGUGGGAGGAGCGGCGCGGGCGGCUGCAGGAGCAGCAGCGGCUGUGGCAGCUGCGCAGGGAGCUGGACGACGUGGAGCAGUGGCUGCUGGAGAGGGAGCUGGUGGCCGCCUCACACGAGAUGGGGCAGGACUACGAGCACGUCACGAUGCUACGGGACAAGUUCCGGGAGUUCACGAGGGACACGAGCAGCAUCGGGCAGGAACGCGUGGACGCCGUCAACGCUCAGGCGGCCGCUCUGAUCUCGGCGGGGCACCCGGACAACGCCACGGUGGCCGAGUGGAAGGACGGGCUGAACGAGGCCUGGGCCGACCUGCUGGAGCUGAUGGACACCCGGUCCCAAAUGCUGGCGGCCUCCUACGAGCUGCAGCGCUUCUUCCACGACGCCGGGGAGACGCUGGCGCAGGUGGAGGAGAAGCAGAAGCAGCUGCCGGGGGAGGUGGGGAGAGACCUGAACACGGCCGAGGCCAUGCAGCGCAUGCACGACGCCUACGAGCGCGACGUCCAGGCGCUGAGCGCGCAGGUCCGCCAGGUGCAGGAGGACGCGGCGCGGCUGGAGAAGGCGUACGCCGGCGAGAAGGCGGCCGAGAUCCGCCGGCACGAGCGGGCGGUGAGCGAAGCGUGGGCCGAACUGCGGCGCAGCUGCCAGGAGCGGCAGCGCCUCCUGCUGGACACGGUGGAGAAAUUCCGCUUCCUCCGCGCCGUGCGGGACCUCCUGCUGUGGAUGGACGGAGUCCGCCUGCAGAUCGAGGGCCAGGAGCGGCCGCGGGACGUUUCCUCGGCCGAUCUGGUCAUUAAGAACCACCAGAGCAUCCGGGCUGAGCUGGAGGCGCGGGCCGACAGCUUCGACGCCUGCGUGGCCAUGGGCACCGCGCUGCUGCACAAGGGGCACUACGCUGCCGAGAAGAUCUCGCAGCAGCUCUCCCACCUCCGUGAGCGCCGGCAGGACAUCGGUGCCCGCUGGAAGGAGAAGAUGGACUGGCUGCAGAUCGUGCUGGAGGUGCUGAUGUUCGGGCGCGAUGCCGGCAUGGCCGAGGCCUGGUUGGUGUCGCAGGAGCCCAUCGUGCGCUCGGCGGAGCUGGGAGGCAGCGUGGCGGAGGUGGAGAACCUGAUCAAAAGGCACGAGGGCUUCCAGAAGGCGGCCGCCGCCUGGGAGGAGCGCUUUGCUGCGCUGGAACGGCUCACCACGCUGGAGGAGAAGGAGCGGCGGCGGCGCGAGGAGGAGGAGGCGAGGAAGAGGAGACCCCCCACACCCCCCCCCCCAGCAGCCCGAGCCGGGGGGGUCCCCCCCACUGUGCCCCCUGGAGCUCAGAAUGGGGUGGGGGGAGGGGAAACGCAGCGGGCCCUGGCCCUGCAGAGCCACCCCCCAGAGAUGCCAGCAGUCAAUGGGAUCUGCCCGGACAGCGCUGCGCCUCAGGUGCCAUCGGGGCCAGCGCUGACCAAUGGGGCGCAGGAGAGGGGUCCCAGCCCGGGGGGGUCACCCCGAGGCCGCCCCCGAGGGGGGGUCCCGGCCCCCGACCCCUCCCACGCUGCCACGCUGCCCCCCCGCGCCCCCCCGGCCCCAGAGAGCCUGGAAGGGGGGCUGUGCCGGAAGCACGAGAUGGAGGCGCAGGGCAAGAAAGCCCCAAACCGGUCCUGGCAGAGCGUGUACUGCGUGCUGCGGGGGGGCAACCUGAGCGUCUACAAGGAUGCCAAGAGUGCCAGCCAUGGGGCCCCCUACCACGGAGAGCCCCCCGCCUGCCUGCGCGGCGCCCACUGCCACCCCGCCACCGACUACAAGAAGCGCAAACACGUCUUCAAGCUGGGGCUGAGCGACGGCAAGGAGUACCUCUUCCAGGCUAAGGAUGAGGCAGAGAUGAGUGCGUGGCUCCGUGUCAUCCAUGCCGCAGCCGCUCUGGUGCCGGGGGGGCCACGAGAGGGACCGCCGGCAGUGGGAUUGGUGCCGGGGGGGGGCAAAGGGAUGACGAGGGCGAUGAGCAUGCCCCCCGUGCCCCCUCCCCACGGCGAAGGCCCCCCCCCGCUGCGAGCCCGGGAGGGGAAGGAGAAGGAGAGGGAGAAGCGCUUCAGCUUCUUCAAGAAGAACAAAUAGGAGAGGGGGUGGGGGGGGCACAGAAAAUGAAGGGGGGUAAUAAAAAUGAGGGGUCCUGCAGAGCUGAUGGAGGGACACGGGUGGGGCAGCGCGGGUCCCCCCCCCCCGCCCCGAGCCGCUGUGCCUUCCUGCCCCGUGCUGGGGGUCCCUAUGAUGUCCCUGCGGCCCCACAGUGCUGUGCUGAACCCCAAAUAAAGUGGCUAUAGAGAA